UGCAGCCCUAGGGCAGCCAUGCGUAAUUAGAAGACUUACUGGCUUGCGUAUUUUGGCAACAGUUUAUCAGUACACAGUUAUUUUCGUUUUAAUGCCUAGACAGUGUCGACACAAAACAACAGAGCCGACUUGUGCUGAUUUAUGCAGAAUGCGACAAACGUAUACAGCCUCCGAGGUGGGUUUGAGUUUGAAGUGAUACCUCGCAGAUUGAAGCUCGUCCGCCUUCACUGACUUGGCACCAGCGGAGCGUGGACAGAACAAGUUGCACACAUCGCUGCCUCGACAGGAAUAUUGAGGAGAGCAGUUUGGGACUUUCAAUGGCAUUUGCUGGCGGGCUGACAAGACGUCGGUUUAUUUUAUUGACUGGCAUAAAAGACGUAGAAGAGAGUGAAGAGGCUGUUGACUUAUGGCGAGUUGUGUGAGAGAAGACCAAACCUGAGAUUUUAUUUCCACUAUGUCAGCCAAUGGGAGCUCAGAGACAGGUUGCAGUUCAGAGGUCAGACCAAGCAACAGCACCUGCAGCCAGAAGGAACUGUCUGUCACCGCCUCUGCCAUCUCCAUGACUGUGGGCAUCUUCUCCAACAGCUUCGCCCUUUUCAUCCUCGUCAAAUCUUACAACCGCAUCCGGAUCAAGUCCAAGGCGUCCUUCCUGCUGUUUGCCAGCAGCCUGGUGGUCACAGACCUGCUGGGUCACCUCAUCAAUGGCUCCCUGGUGCUUUUUGUCUACAGCUCGCACAAGAAAUGGGAAACGUUUGACCCUCACCACAUCGUGUGCAGUGUCUUUGGGGCGUGCAUGGUGUUCUUUGGCCUGAGCCCCUUGUUCCUGGGGAGUGCCAUGGCGGUGGAGCGCUGCAUUGGAGUCACCAGGCCUAUCUUCCACUCGACAACAUUGGCUUCCCACCACAUGAAAAGGCUGCUGGGACUCACCUGGCUGCUCGCUGCCCUGGUGGCUGUGCUGCCUGUGCUGCUGUGGAGGCCCUACAAGGUUCAGAGCUCCAGGAGCUGGUGCUUCUUCCAUAUGGGGGAACCCAAAGACUGGCUGGAUGUGCUCCUGCCUCUGCUUUUCUCUCUGUUGGGGCUGCUGGCCCUACUGCUCUCGAUUGUGUGCAAUACUCUGACAAGCUGUGCUCUGCUGCAGGCCAGACUGCGCCGCAAGCAUCACUGCAGAGGCACGUCCUACCACAUAGAGAUGAUCUGCCAGCUGCUGGCUAUCAUGUUGGUGUCCUGCGUGUGCUGGGGCCCAUUACUGAUCCGUGUCAUCAUGCUGAGCACCAGAACCAAGGAUGAGCCUGCGUCUUUCAGUCUCCUGAUGGUGGUACGUAUGGCCACAUGGAACCAGAUCCUGGACCCCUGGGUCUACAUACUGCUGAGGAAGGCUGUUCUGAGAAAAAUCUUCAUGUUGUCCCACAGCUUCUGGGGCCCAAAGUCUCAUAACCGACACCGCUGGCAGUGCAGUAUGCUCCGCAGCUCGAUGGAGACCAGCAACUCGGGUGCUGGCCCGUCUGACUGCCGCUGCCUCGGUAGGUUCCCUCUGCCAGACACUGCGAUCAAAUAUAUCACCUGAACCCUGGUCACAGUGUUUUGAUCUGAGAACACCUGUGAGGAAAACAGGAAGAAGCUGUGAGAAUGUGGAGAACUUUGUUAUUGUACCCAUCACAAGACGCUCAUUUGGAAUCUUACAUAAACUACCAUUAUAAAGUUUGUUUUCAUGCUCUCUUUAGAGUUGUAAAAAGAUCACCAUGAACUGGCAGCAUUGUGGUCUAUUGUAUAAUGUGGGAUUAACUUUUUGUUCUCAAC